AUGGCCCUCGGGGACAGUCUACCGGCAAUAGGAGCCUUCUCCCUGGUGGAGGCGUAUUUCCUCCAACGCGUUGUCUUUGAAGACAAGACCUUUCAAACAAUCUGUCUAGGCUCACUGGGAGUGAAUUUCUCCCUGUUGGCCAUAUACAGUAUGGUGCUAUGGCCAUACCUGCUGAAUCCAUUGAGACAUCUGCCAAAAGUCCAGGGUUCGCACGGGCAACUCCUCCUUGAUUCACCGAAGGGGGCUAAGCCUCUUAUCUGGAUGAAAACGAUUCCGAAUGAAGGCCUUCUUCACCUGCGUGGCAUGUUCAAUCAGAGCUAUGUAUUGCCGACCAACCACCAAGCUCUGUUAGAUAUUAUGAGCACGAAUACAUAUGAUUUUGAGAAGCCGUGGCGGGCGCGCCACUUUCUCGCCCGCAUCUUGGGCUUCGGGAUGGUUACCUCCGAAGGGGCGGCGCACAAGAAGCAGCGCAAGGCACUCACACCCGCAUUUAAUAUUAAGAAUAUCCGCUCGAUGUAUUCACUCAUGUGGAGCAAGACAGGCCAGUUAUUGGAUGAACUGGAGAAAGAGAUCAAGACUCGCCCCAUCGGAGGAACGAUUUCGGAGGAUGAGGUUGGCGAGAUUGAAAUAGGUGAAUGGGCGAGUCGCCUCACGCUCGAUAUAAUCGGACCGAUAGCAGUGGGCCGUGACUUCGGCUCGCUGCAGAAUAAGGAAAAUAAGAUAGCAGAGAGCUUCUCUAGAAUCCUCGAACCAACCAGAGAGAAGGCGGCGUUCCUAGUGAUGAACAUCACGCUGCCGCAGUGGAUUGCGAGGCGGGUGCCGUGGCGGAUUAAUACCAUGCUUGACACCGAGACAGCCUACCUGCGCAGUGCAUGCAAUGAGAUCGUACACGAGAAGCGGGACAACCUGGCUAAAUCCAAGGUCUCGGCUCAGGAUCUCGAAGCUGAUAUCUUGGGGACAAUGAUGCUUGGGGGUGACUUUUCAGAUACCGAGUUGGUUGAUCAGAUGCUGACCUUUUUGGCUGCUGGUCACGAAACCACCGCCAGCGCCCUGACCUGGGCCUGCUAUCUGCUUCACCUGCACCCAGAGUAUCAAACCAGGCUCCGAGAAGAAAUUCGCGCCAGCAUCCCAUCUGGCGACAGCCCAAUCACGUACCAAGAUCUCGAACACCUCCCAUUAUUAAACGGGGUCUGUCAAGAAGUGCUUCGACUGUAUCCUACAGUACCCAUGACCAUCCGGGAAGCGGUACGCGGUACAGUGGUAGCAGGUAAGUUCAUCCCAAAGGGCACACGAGUCGUGAUAUGCCCAUGGGCAAUCAAUCGCAGUUCGCUAUUCUGGGGCGACAAUGGGGAGGAGUUUCUACCAGAGCGGUGGAUCGACACGGAUAAACGUGGGCACAGUGUUCCAAACAAUAACGGCGGGGCUUCCACAAACUACGCGCAGAUUACAUUCCUGCACGGGCAGCGGUCUUGUAUUGGGAAGGAUUUUGCGCGUGCCGAGCUGCGAUGUGCGCUUGCUGGCGUUGUGGGGCGGUUCUCGUUUGAGAUGCAAGAUCCCACGCAGGAGAUUCAUGUUUCUGGGGCUGUGACUAUCAAGCCUUUGGAGGGAAUGCAUCUGAGAAUACGGAGGGUCGGGGGGUGGUAG